CUCGAACCUGCCAAAGCCAUCAAGCCCAUCGACCGUAAGUCCGUUCAUCGGAUCUGUUCGGGACAGGUUGUGCUCAAUCUUGGUACUGCCGUGAAGGAGUUGGUGGAAAACAGCCUGGAUGCUGGAGCUACCAACAUUGAUAUAAAGCUUAAAGAUUAUGGAGCUGAACUGAUAGAGGUUUCAGAUAAUGGAGGUGGAGUGGAAGAGGAAAACUUUGAAGGCUUGACUCUGAAACAUUAUACAUCAAAGAUACAAGAUUUUUCUGACCUAAUACAUGUUGAAACAUUUGGGUUUCGAGGUGAAGCUCUGAGUUCACUGUGUGCAUUAAGUGAUGUUACCAUUUUUACAUGUCAUAAGUCUGCAAAGGUUGGGACUCGGUUGGUAUUUGAUCACAAUGGUAAAAUUACUCAGAAAACACCUUUUCCACGACCACAGGGAACAACUGUGAACAUACAGCAGUUGUUUUAUACUCUGCCUGUGCGGCAUAAGGAAUUCCAAAGAAACAUUAAAAAGGUAAGUUAGAUUAGAAAUUAUUAUUCCAAAAGAUUCUAUUGCAGGCAUACUGUAUUGUUUCAAGGAGUGAGGAUUAACUGCACAAAUCAAGUUGGCCAAGGGAAAAAAAACUCUGUGGUGUCCACUACUGGGAGUCCUAGUUUAAAGGAAAACAUUGGAGCAGUAUUUGGGCAAAAGCAGUUGCAGAGCCUAAUUCCUUUUGUUCAGCUACCUCCUAAUGAAGCUGUUUGUGAAGAAUAUGGAAUCAACGCUACUGAUAUGCCACAGAAUCUUUAUAGUAUUACAGGCUUCAUCUCUCGCUGUGAUCAUGGUGUUGGAAGGAGUGCAACAGACAGACAGUUUUUCUUUAUCAACCAACGUCCAUGUGAUCCAGCAAAGGUUGUCAAACUUGUGAAUGAAAUUUAUCAUGUAUAUAAUAAACACCAGUAUCCAUUUGUUGUCCUAAACAUUUGUGUAGAUUCUGAGUGUGUUGACAUCAAUGUAACUCCAGACAAAAGGCAAAUCUUACUUCAGGAGGAGAAGCUUUUAUUAGCAAUUCUAAAAACUUCUCUGAUGAAGAUGUUUGGGAGUGAUGUUAACAAACUGAAUGUCAAUCAGAAACUUCUGGACAUUGCAGGCAACUUGAGGAAAACACUUCCUGAAGAGACAGAAAAGCCUCAGGUAGAAAUGCUGCCUGACUCUGAAACUGAAAAUCCAAGUGGUGAAAUAAAAAGAAUAAUGACUCUUUCUAGAUUAAGGGAGUCAUUCUCUCUUAGCCAAAUGUCAGAGAGUAAUUUUCGAAGCCCUAAAAAUGUAAAACAGCAGUAUGGCUCCCCUAGACAAAUGUCACUUGAUACCACUUGGAGAACCAUGAAGACUCAAAAGGCUAUCUUGACUAGGCAGUCCAAGAGUUGCCAUAAGAGCGACUCAGAGACAUCAACUCCAAGCAGAUAUUUGAGGAAAUUGGAAGAUAAUGCAGAUUCUGGAUUUUGUAGCACUUCUGAGUCAGAUGCUGGAUGUAACACACCAGAAGCUGGGACCUGCAUCGGUAAUGAAAGUAUAAUUAAUCUUUGUGAAGAAGAAUUCUGUAGCUCAGAAGAACAACUUCAGAAUGAAUGUUUCAGAACUGUUGGAUGUAGUGAGAAAUCAUUGAAAUGUGAUGUUCAGGACUUGGGCGCUGAACAUAAGUUAAAUCAAGGGAUUGACUGGACUGAUCAAAAUAAGUUAUCUCAAGAAUCUGGUAGUUCUUCCCCAAGAAUAAAACGUUUUAAAAGUGGAAGCUUUAGAAAUGAAGUGGACAACUUUAAGGCAGGCAAAUGUCCUGAAGUGAAGAAUACUACGAACUAUAAGCCAACUGUUGAUGUACUGGUGGAAGUUAAAAAGAAAACUGUGCCACUUGAAUUCUCUAUGAAGGUUUUAGUGGAAAAGGUAAAAAAGGUAAUAGAGCAACAACAGAAAAGUACAGAAACACAAAAGUACAGAAGAUUUAAAGCAAAAAUUAGUCCUGGAGAAAAUAAAGUAGCAGAAGAUGAAUUGAGAAAAGAGAUCAGUAAAGAAAUGUUUGCGAAAAUGGAAAUUAUUGGUCAGUUCAAUUUAGGGUUUAUUAUAGCAAAGUUGAAUUCUGAUCUUUUCAUAAUUGAUCAACAUGCUACUGAUGAGAAGUACAACUUUGAGAUGUUACAACAACACACUGUUCUUCAAGGUCAGAAGCUGAUAGUGCCUCAAAAUCUCAAUCUAACGGCUGUAAAUGAAAAUAUACUGAUUGAAAACCUGGAAAUAUUCAGAAAAAAUGGUUUUGAUUUUGUCAUAAAUGAAAAUGCUCCUGUAACUCAAAGAGUUAAAUUAAUAUCGUUGCCAACAAGCAAAAACUGGACUUUCGGUCCACAAGACAUAGAUGAGCUGAUCUUCAUGUUAAGUGACUGCCCUGGAGUCAUGUGUAGGCCUUCCAGGGUCAGGCAGAUGUUUGCUUCUCGAGCUUGCAGGAAGUCUGUGAUGAUUGGAACUGCACUGAAUGUGCAGGAAAUGAGAAAACUGAUCACCCAUAUGGGUGAGAUUGAGCAUCCCUGGAACUGCCCCCAUGGAAGGCCUACUAUGAGACACAUAGUCAGUUUAGACUUGAUUUCAACAGAAUAAGUCAGUUUGAUUUUAAUUCUUGGCAAUAUUUUGAGCUUUUAUCAUAACUCUUAUUUUGAGUAAAAAAUUUUAGUCAAAUCUUCACAUUUGAAAACAGUAACACUUAAAGGCAUUCAGCAGGGUUUCAUUGUUACUCUUACCAAGUCAACAGUAUCAAC